GUUAUGACCCGCGAACAUACCAAAAGAACGCAGCUUCCACAUUGUUUAAUACAUUUUUGAAAACAAAAUAUUAAAUAGUUUAACCAAGUUAAAAUAAUGAAUAAUGAAUAUUUGCAGUGCAAAUUAUGUUCUGCAAAAUCAGCUUUGAUAUCCCUUUUUAAAGGCAAAAAUAAACGAAUUAGAAAUUAUAUUAGGAAAAUUAUAGAAAUAACUACUAGUAUUAAGUACGAAGAAAAUGAUUAUUUUCAAUGUGUUUGUUACAAUUGUAUUGGAUUUACUUUCAAUAUGUACAUAUUUCGUACAAAAUCCUUAGAAAAUGUGAAAAAAUUACAGACGAAAUCCUUACCGAAAAAUAUUAAAAAAAACGGUAUAAAACAACUAAAAGACAUAGAAUUAAUAGAUUUGAAUCAAUUGCGAGAAAUUUUUAUGAAUUGGAUGCAAAAUAAAAGAGAAUGCUAUUCGAGUGAUACAACUUCUAGUAGAGACACCGAUAGCCAUUGUGCUACAACUGAUACAAAUAUAGGAGUUCAAACUGAUCCCCCAACUCAAAAUUCCGUGUCUUGUCAAACUUUUUAUAAAAAUCAAGUUUCUACAGUCGAUACACAAACUGAAAAUGAUUAUUUCCAAUGUAUGGACAACGAAACAACAGUGUCAGUUGGUUAUUUACAACUUGCAGCUACUAAUGGACAUAAUAUCAUUGAAAAUGACCAAAUAACUAGUAUUAAAUCCUCACCGUCUUCUUACGAAUUUAGUCCUAGUUCUCCUCAAUUAUCUGACGUUAGUAUCAGCUUGGAAACUACCCCUCCUCCAUCGGCGCCCUAUUCUUUAGGACUAGUAGAGUUGACGGAGAAAGCUAUGAUGUUGUACAGUUGCGAGGAAUGUGAUUUAGUUAUGUACUCAAAAGAAGAAGUUAAAAAACAUAAAAGGAACCAUACCCAGUGCAUUUUUUGCCGAAGAAGAUUCAGAACCAUCCAACAAACUAAGGUAUUUACUUUGAAUAUAAGUUUUUUGUCGUUAUUUUUGGAAUAAUUUUCAUUUUUUAUACAUAGGAAUAUCGUAAUUUUAUAAUAUCGUUUUUGGGGUCCAGGAAGUCGAAAAAUCAUCAGAUUUUAAAGAAUUUUUUUUAAAUCUUUGAGUAUUUUUUCUGGUUUUAUGAUUUUAAUUGUUAUUCGAAGUACUUCUUUGAAUAUAAUCGUUAAUAACUUUUUUUAAAGCUUCAAAUAAAGUUUAUAUAUAUUUUUAUGUUAAUCUACACAAAAAACGAACGUUUUGACAAAAAAAUCAUUUAAAAAUGAUCGUUUAUUAUUUUUUUAUGAAUAUUAUUAACAAUUAUCCAACCUAACCUAACUAAUGAUAGCAAAAUUUAAUAUUUUCAUUGUUAAAAACAAUAAAAUCCUAUUUUAUUAAAAAAUAGUUAACUUCAAGCGAAUAAUGUUCAAAAAAAAAAUAAAAAUCAAUUUCAAAACAUUCAAAAAUGUUGAUUUUCGAAAACUACAAUACGAGGGGACUGCGAUUUAUUGAUUUAAAAAGAUUAUUUGUGACAAAAAAGUGUUAUGGAAGGAAAAUGUAAGAAAUUGCAAAAGCAAAUCAAAAUCUAUUGUAUAAAACAAUAAAGAAGCUUAGGGAAAAACAAACCAUAUGAAAUCCAAGAAGUAAAAGGGAAAAAUAACAAAAUAAUAACAGAUAAUCGGGAAAUAAUGGAACAAUGGAAGAAUUACUACUACGAACCAUUGAAUAAUCAAGAAUAAACACAGAAAAAUAGAAAAGAAGUAGAAUGAAAAGAGUAUAAUGAACGAGAAGAACUAAUAAUAGAAGAUAUGGAAGACAGCGUUCGAAAGCUACAAAUACGAAAGAAGUAGAUUAAUGUUUAGGGUAAUCUACAAAAUUCAAAAAUCGAAAGGUUCCAUAAUGUGGUUUUAAUAUAUAAAGCGAGUCCAAUGGAUACAUCAGAACAGUAAUAAGUGAAUACAAAUAUAGUUUCUAAUGCCUCAGCUAUUUAGCUGUGUUUAUACCAUUGAUAUGGAUACUUUUUUUACUUAGUUCGAAGAGUUUUCACAUCCACAUGCAUAGAUAUCUCAUUUUACAUAAUUCCAUAGAAAAAAAUCACUAGGAAAUAACUCUGGUGAUCUAGUAGUCCAUUUGAUUGUACCACAUUAAGAAAUAAAUUUAAAAUUACGUUUAUUUUGACUGAAAUAACUGUAGAUUCAUCAAUAAAAGAUAAGUUUUUAAAAAAAAAUUCUUGUUAUUAAUAUUUUGAACCGUUUUUUCAACUUUAAUAAUGGUCUAAAGCAAAAACAAAUCAGUUUAGUCAAAUGAAGUGGGAAUCCGGUGAAACUUACACUCCUAGAUUGGGAAAAUGAUUUUACAGUAAUAUUUUUAUGUUUUCCAAUGAUUUGUAACCAGAAAUACUUGAAAAUCGUUCAAUAGCACUUAAUAAUUAUCGUUUUAUUUUGAUUUAGAAGACUACUUUCUAAAAAAUUGCUAUUUGUGUCAAACAACAUUUCGUUCGCCAAUUCAAAAAUUUUCAUAUAUAGUAUAGUUGAAAAUUUUUACAAAAAAUAUAUUUAAUGCUUCAUAUUUCACAUUUUAUUCCAAAAAUUAAACCCCUACAGUGAUAUAUUAAGCAUUGAAUUAAUAUUUACGAUAUAUCUAAACAGAAAAAAGUGAGAUUUACAUCUAGAGUGUUAUAUAGAACGUAUUGUUUUUAUUUAAGAAACAUUUUGAAAAAUGUAAAGAAACAUCUUACAUACCCCUGGAAAGAUUGAAAGUUCCUGUUGGAAAAAAACCACCGAAGAAGAAGCGUAAAACUGAGCAUUCGGUAGAGAAAAAGAAGAGCCACAAGAAAAAAAAUAAAUGACGAAGCAUUUUUCCAUUAUCUUUUUUUUAUUUGUUAUUCAUUUCUAUUUUAGAUUCCUAUCCUUUGAUUCGUCUCCUUGUUUUUUAUGGUGAAAAAUUUUCAAUGUAUUUAAUUUUAAAUUGAGUAGUUCAAAUAAAUUGUUUGUUUUCGCAA